AUGUCAAAGGACCUUCCAAGUAUUAGUAGCAGUACUAGUAUCUCGGAUAAUGCAGACUUGAGAAAUUACUACGAGAAAUUACUAUUCAAGAACAGUAGUGGCAAAUCAUUGACUGACUUACCAAAUAAACUGGCUUCCUCACUAGCAUCAACCAACAACCAACCUCAUUCUCAAUUACAAUAUUCAACACAACAACCUCAAUCUUCCAGGAAUUUCGAUUUCAUUAAUGGAUUUAAGAAUUCAUUGACCAUUUCAUCCCCAAAUCAAGAGCAAACUUAUUCAUCUGCAAGAAAUGGAACCAAUUUGGUUAAUAGUUCAAAUACCAUGUAUCAAGUAAUGUCCUCCCCUUCAUCUAAUCCAAAUUCAUCAUCCUUCCAUAACACAAAUGGCAACCCUCGACUACCUCAAUCCGCACCAAUAAUUCAAUCUCAUGAAUUAAAUACUAUUAACAAUGGUCAUGGACAUUUCUCAAAUCGUUUGCAACAAACAACAAAUACAAAUGGCUUCAAUAAUCAAUCUUAUCAAGAUCAACUUUCAAUAGCGGCAAGAAGGUCCUCUUAUAUUUCUGAUACUUUAAUUGACGGACAUCAAUAUAACAAUACUGGCAAUAAUAAUCAUGUGACAAACACUUAUAAUUAUAACACCAAUUAUUCGCAAAAUAAUAAUACCGGUCAUCCAUUGCAAGCAUCAACAUCAUCAUCAUCAUCAUAUAACACUUAUUAUAACAAUAAUAAUCCCGAAAAUACUUCCACUUUCCAUGAUCAUUACACUCGUCGUCAUACACAGCCUGCUAUUCCUAAUAUUUCUCAAUUCAAUAAGCAUCAAAACUCUCUUCCCAAUAAUAAUAACAGUAACACGAUGGUUAAUAAUGGUUUGAUACUAAUUAAUGGUAAACAAAUUAUUUCAUCUUCUGAUUUACAUGCUUUAUUCAUUAAAUGUGGUAGUAAUUACUUCUCGUGUGAACAAGUUUACAAGUUUAUUGACAACCUUAAAUUGAUAAUAAAUGACGAUCAUGAUGAUGUCGCUCAAAGAGAAUCCAUUGAAUCAAGUAGGACAAGAUCAAUUUUGAACUUUAUGGAUUUCUUAAGAAAUUGUAAUCAAAAUUUCAUCUCCCCCACACAAAAUGGUACUUCACAAACUAAUAAUAGUAAUUCAAAUUACCAACAUUACAAACCUUUAGUUCUAGUUGCUUUGAAGAAUGGGAAAUUAGAAUUACUAUCUACACCACAGAAUACAAAUUUAAUCUUAAGAAGAGGUGAUCUGGUUAUUAUCGAUGGUGAUAGAGGUAAAGAUUUGGUAGUUGUUGUAGAACCAGCAACAAGUUUGAAAUUUUUCCAUCUUUAUCAAUUUCUUAAAGAAAAAAUCCAUUUCGAUUCUUUAAUUACCAAUAAAUCACAACACUCUCCAAAUGAUAAGUUUAUUGAUUCUUUAAUUGCCCAAUUUAAUGGUAACGUUGUUGCCAAUGAGAGCAACAACAACAACAACAAUGGUACAUUAAAUGCAAAGAAUUACGAUUUAGUGGAAUUGACUCAAUUGAUUAUCCCAUCGAAGCAAGUAUUAAGAUUUGCAACUCCAUGGGAAGUACAAACUAAUCUACAUUUCAAAUUUCAAGAUGAAUUAAAGGCAUUACAUAUUGCCAAGAUAAAAUUAAACGCAUUAAAUGAUAAUAAUACGAAUGAUGAGAAUAAUGGUAACCAACAAUCAUCUCAUUCUCGUCAUUUAAAUAUUAAGAUAUUAAAUGCAGAAUUCCAGUUUGAUAGAAAGAAAUUGACUUUUUAUUACGUUUGUAAUGAAAGAAAUGAUUUUAGAGAUUUGAUCAAAGAAUUGUUCAAAUUUUACAAGACAAGAAUUUGGCUUUGUGCUAUACCAAACAAUUUACAAAUUGAUUCUAAAUAUUACGAUUCCAAGCAAUUAGAAUUGAAAUUGUAUAAUGAUAUGAUCGUUAAAUUCCCCACAAAUGAAAUCAUCGAUAUUAAUACUCAUAAUCUAGACGUGCAAAAUUCAAUUAAUAAUUCUAAUACAAGAUUGGAGGCUCCACCAUUAGAUGAGAUUAAAUUGGAUGAUUUCCAAAUUGCUGUUUACAAAGAAUUAGUGGAUGAACUCUUCCAUUAG